AUGCAGCCAGAAUUGGAGUCUUUAUGCAAUAACUCGUAUGAUAAGCGAGAUCGAGACGCCUCGACACAGACCUAUGUAAUGGAAUUGAAUUUGAAAUGGAGGGUAGUAUUACUCAAGUCAUCAGCAAAUCAGAUGGCAACGAUGUUUUGUACUGGUCCGAAGCGAACCUCAUUGACUCUGGGCACUGAGAAGCUUGUGGCGAGUGAUCCCUGUACCAAAAAAAGAAUGCGUCACUACUCAACGAAUCAACGAAACGGUGCCAGGGUGCGACUCACAUCACAACUCGGCCACUUCACCGCAAAGAUGUCGUCUUCGCUGUUCUCUCGGUCUUCCAAGGAAGAGAAUUUAGCCGCUCCCAAGGUCCAGCGAAGCAGUCCGGCAAAAGACACAAUAACAAUUGCUAAGGGUGCAAUAUACUUGAUUGCUGGGAAUGAUGUCGAACUGAAGCUAUGGCCUAGUAAAUCUUAG